GCGAAAAUAACAAAAUAGAAGUACAGUGGGAGGGAGAACAGUGUGUAGCCUACAAGGCAGGUUAGCUAGCUAUAUAUGUUCACAUCCUAUUCGAUCGGAUAUUGACAUUGCAUGCAUCGCGGUGACAUGCAAAAUAUAAGGAGAUGCGUUUUUAUUUACGAUUGCACACAAUUCCUACAACAAGAAAGAGUUUGACAUGAAAGUGAACCGCUAGCUAACCAGCGAAAGUGUGGCACUGUAUUUUAGGCUACUGUCUGAAAAUAAACUGGAAGAUGACAGACAUCGGACUGUAUGGAUAACUGUCCAUGGAGAUAAUCUAAUUCGCUUUUAUAUGGAUUUUAGACCAACUACAAAUAGAGGAUUUCUUAUUUGAAAAGCUUUGAUCAGCUGUCAUUAUGGCCAACAUAAAGUCGCGCAGUGAGUCUGAGGAUGAAGAUCUACACUCCACAGAUCCUGAGAGUAAGGACAAGAGCAAAGACAAGAAGAUACUGUGCAAAGGCAAAUGGUCUCGCGAUGAGGACGAGAGGCUGAAGAAGUUAGUGGAGCAGCAUGGAGCAGACUCCUGGAAAUUAGUAGCUAAUCAUUUUCAAGGGAGGACAGAUGGCCAGUGUCAGCACCGCUGGCAGAAGGUGCUCAACCCAGAGCUGGUGAAAGGACCCUGGACAAAAGAGGAGGAUCAGAAGGUGAUUGACCUGGUUCAUAAAUAUGGCCCCAAGCGCUGGUCUGUGAUUGCCAAGCACCUGCAGGGGCGGAUCGGGAAGCAGUGCCGUGAGCGCUGGCACAACCAUCUGAACCCUGAGGUGAAGAAGUCCUCCUGGACCCAGGAAGAGGACAGCAUCAUCUACCAGGCCCACAAACGCCUGGGCAACCGCUGGGCCGAGAUCUCCAAGCUGUUGCCUGGAAGGACAGACAACUCCAUCAAGAAUCACUGGAACUCCACCAUGAGGAGGAAAGUGGAGCACGAGGGCUACCUCCAGGAGGGCUGCAGGGGAUUCAGCUCAGAGCAUGGGGGGUUGAAGCGACGCCACCACAGACCCUGUGUCCCCCAACUAGACACCCCCCAUGGUGGGCACAGCCCUCUGGGCAUAGCUGGACCAACUCAGCUUGGGGGUUACCUCUAUAGCCCUCACUGUGGCCAGCUGAUGGACAGCCUCCCAGACUCCUCCAGCUACUUAUUGCCGUCCUGCCAUGAUGAUCCAGACAAAGAGCAGAGAAUUAAGGAGCUUGAGCUGCUGCUUAUGUCAGCAGAGACCGAGGUCCGGAGACAGGCCCAGUGCCGAGGCCCAUGUAGUGUGGAGCAUUACUCCAGCUGGGCAGACAGUGUGUCAGAUGACACCAUGACCACCAGCAGCAGCAGUCUGGAGGAUCAGAGUGAGGGAGGCUGGAGGGGGGCAGAGGAAGGCCAAGGUCCACCAGUGGAGCAGGCUGAGGGAGGCUGGAGGGGGGCAGAGGAAGGCCAAGGGCCACCAGUGGAGCAGGCUGAGGGGGUCUGGAGGGGGGCAGAGGAAGGCCAAGGGCCACCAUUGGAGCAGGCUGAGGGGGGCUGGAGGCUGGCAGAGGAGGGCCAGCACCAGGUUCAGCGCCAUGUCUCCCCCAGUAAGUUCCUGGCUGUGGAGGCUAGUUCUGUGCUCUCCACCCUGCAGACCAUCCCCGAGUUCGCAGAGACCAUGGAGCUCAUCGACUCGAUGUGUCUGGCUCUACAGGACCCUAUGACAUGGAGCGAGGCGGCCAGCUUUGACGUGUCUGAGCCGACGACCCCCCCAAAACAAACACAGGGGAGCUACGUACCCCAGGGGAGGACCACAGAGGGGAUGAGGUAUACCAUUGACCCCUCCAACGACAUCUCAACAAAGCACUGUGCCCCCAUGGGUCAGCGGAAAGUCCACACCCCGAACAACGUGCCCAGACCAGGCCUGCUGUCCCUGGGGAGGAGGAAGAGGACAGAGAGGGUGGACCAGUCCCCUGAUAGGAGCCGUGCGUCCUUCUUAGAGUCACCCAGCAUCAACUCGCCCAAGAACACCCCCACAAAAGCACGCCCUUUCACCCUCUCCCAGUUCUUCAACACAUCAGGAGGAGAGCAUCUGAGCCUGGACAACCCUGCUCUGACCUCCACCCCGGUCUGUGGCCAGAACUAUCUCCUCAACACACCCUUCCAGAAAGAGACCACGCCCAAACACCAGAAAGAGAACAUGGGUUUCAGGACCCCUAAGAUUCACAAGACCAUAAUGGUUCCGACUCCCAGAACUCCUACUCCAUUUAAGAACGCCCUGGCCGCCCAGGAGAAGAUGCAUGGGCCGCUAAAGAUGGUGCCCCAGCCCCUGGCCUUUCUGGAGGAAGAUAUCAGGGAGGUGCUGAAGCAGGAGAUAGGAUCAGACAUCUUCACCAGAGAACCACAACCAGACUUCAGGACAUGGAAACAUGAUGUGGAUGGCCCAGCCAGGAAGGUGCGUAAGUCCCUGGUGCUGGACUCCUGGGGGAAAGACUGUCUUAACCAGGACCAGCUCAAUAACGCACUGGUCCCAGAGGAGAGUUUGUUAACCAGCUCCUUAUUGAUGACCCCACUCCCGGAGAGAGACAGAGAGGAGCGCCCCUGCCACCCCUCGUCUGGGAAGGAGGGGUCCUGUGGCCCCCGGCGCCACCUUCCCAGCCCCCGCAAGAGGAAGAACCCCCCCUCGGUCAGAAUUUCCCACCACGAUUCACCUGGACAGGUCAACAACCAGUGGGAAGCAGUGGUUUAUGGGAAGACGGAGGACCAGCGGAUUAUGACAGAGCAGGCCCGGCAGUACCUGAGUAGCACCUACACGUCCACCGGCUGCACCUCGAGGGCACUUGUGCUCUGAGACCUACGUCCUCACACAC